AUUAAUUGUACAUUUCGGUGGUCUGGACAUGCUUCUUUUAAUAACAAAACACAAUGCCAAAGAAGUUAAUGUUAGAUACACGCUUGUGUUUAAAUUUUGAUGUAAUUCGCAUAAAUCGUUUGUUGGUACGCUUCUUUUAUUGCUCACCACCAGUAGUAUAUCAACACGAAUAUAUCUAUUAUCGUUCAACAUCUUCAACCUCUGUAGUCUUAGCAAUCACUGAUCGAUUAUGGCUGGUUCCAUGUUUUCCCAAUCAGACGAGGUAAUAUUUCAAGACAUUUUGGGAGCAAGAAAAGUGAUACUUAAUGCUCCAAAGAAACUGAACGCCCUCGGCUAUGAGAUGAUUAGAAAAAUUUUCGAGAACCUUAAAAGUUACGAGAUUGAUCCAACCGUAAAGAUUGUUGUUCUUAAGGCAUACGGUAAAGUAUUUUCUGUUGGUGGUGAUCUCGUGGCUGCCUGGAAAAUUAUACGUCUUGCACAUUGGAGUGUCGUGGCAACUUAUUAUAGGAAAGUAUUUACAUUGGACUACCUGCUUGCAACAUAUAAGAAGCCCAUGGUUGCGAUUAUAGAUGGAGUUGUUAUGGGAGGAGGAGUUGGGAUAUCGGUACAUUCAACAUUCAGAAUUGUUACUGAAAAUACGAUAUUUGCUAUGCCUGAAGCAUCGAUCGGACUGUUUCCUGAUGUUGGUGCUUCUUAUUUUCUAUCACGACUUCCUGGAUUUUUUGGAGAAUAUAUGGGAUUGACCGGCACUCGAUUGGAUGCAGCUGAGAUGCUUGUCGUUAGGCUAGGAACUCAUUUUGUCCCUUCCGAGAAAUUACAAUCUUUGGAGAAGGCUCUAGAAAAAUUGGUUGCUUCAUCAGAUGCAACAUGCCUAGCAACAAUGUCCACAAUCAUUAACAAGUUUGCUAUAGAAGUAAAAGUUAAACCAACUAGUCCUAUUUCCAGGAUUUGGUCAAAACUACAAAAAAAAUUUCGAUUAGUGGUCCUUUUUAACUAG